AUGCUAUUCUCCAUAUUUGCCGUUUCUUUAACUUUACUGCAAGCGGCCUCCAGCCUACUCUUCACUCCGCGUUCGCCAUGCGCCGAUGUCUGCGGCGGCACCGUGACCAACACUACUGGCGAUGAUAUCAUGUGUCAUGAUAAUGAAUUCAAUGAAACAGCCGUUGGACGCCGUUUCCGCGAGUGUGUGUCCUGCGAAUUGCAGAGUACAUACUACGAUGUUUCUCUUGACGAAUCUGACGUUAAAUGGGGCUUAUAUAAUCUACGUUUUGCCUUUUCCACUUGCAUAUACGGAUACCCAGUGGUAAAACAGUCGCUCUCUACUCCAUGCCAGGUUACCUGUCAAGGUCUAUCGGAAUCGAUCAAAUACAAACAGCUCGAGCCGUUAGGAAGAAAUCUAUAUGAUUUUUGUGGAAUAUCGACCUUUUCUGACAAAGACAUUACCGAUUGCACAAUCUGCUAUUCUCUGACCGAAAAUGAAAAAUUUCUUGCCAACUUUCUCGAAGCUUUCCGUGAAGGAUGCCGUGCUAUGGUUCCCCAGGGGGACAAGUUUUUUAUUGAGCCUAAUAGGAUCUUCAACCCACUACAGUUACCACCGAAUCAAGAUCCGGUUCUGCCGGGUACGAAAACCGGUCGCUCAAAGAAAAACCUGAUCCUUAUCAUCGUGUUACCCAUCGUUGGAUUCCUACUAGUCUCUACGGUUCUCUGUGUGGGCUGCUUCUUCUUUAUCCGCAACCGUCGCCGAAGAGCCAAACGACAAAGCCAAUCGAGCAGUCUACACGAGAGGUGGAAUGAUACUACUAUCAUGACACCAUCGCACAAUGGCCUGCACAAGUACUGGGGCGGUGAACCUACUCCUCAAGCACAGCAGUUUUACGACCCCAGCAUGGGGCAACCCGUCGAUGGCUCAUAUUAUGCUCCCAAUCAAGACAUCAAAUACCCCUCUGAAGCGCACAUGAUGAACUCGCUCACUCAGACGGCACAACAUGCCAUGGAUGGGGACCGAAAGGUCCCAAUAUUAUCUGCGGCACCACCUCCACGAAAGUCUCUGUCAAAACAACGCGUUGAGAGCCCUGAGAGCUAG